CUUUGGUCUUGCUUUCUAUAUGUAUUACGUUCUUUGAUACUCUUUGAUUCUUUGACUAUUCUCUGUGGGUCUUGCUCUCCGUGAUGUUGCUAAAAAUCUAUAUCACAUUGCAGUAAAAUCAAUUGGGACGUAUUAUUUGGUAUAUACAUGUUAUUCAGAUAAAUAAUAUAAAAAUGGCUGGUGCAAGUGAAGAAAGUACAUCGAAAGAAGCUUCAGAUAAAUUAGUCCUUAGUACAGGGCAAAUUGAAACUCCUAAUAAUGCACAGAUCAAUGAGCAACCUAUUCAGACGACACAAGAAACAACAAGAUUAGAAUCUUUUUUUGCGGUUACAAAAUCAUUGAUAAUAAGGGCUUUAGUUGUUUAUCUUAUAACAUCGAUGUUUCGUCAACCAUCAGUGCCCAAACCAGAUGCGAACAGUUCUGCUGGAGUUACUCGUUCUCCCGCUGUGAAUAUGUUUGCUAACGGGACAAUAUUAGAUAUGUAUUCUUAUUUAUCUGAAAAAGAGUUUUUAGAAAACCCUGAUGAAGGUAAAUUAAUCUGGAAACUGCCUGGUCUGAUUUAUGGAGAUUGGUAUGGGGGACCAAAUAAUGACGGCACUUACACAUAUUCAACAAAUUUUGUGCCUUCAGAGCAAUUAAAGAAUAAUGGUUCUAUUUACCUCCAUGUAUACAUAGUGGAAUCGGGAAAAUCUCUAGACGAAAAGGAUAAAAAUAACUAUGCUGGACCUUUCAUCACCUAUGGCAAGAAAAUGAUAAAUAAAUAUAAAAAGUUAAAGUAUCUCAAAACUCACAACCUUUUAACUGGGCAAACUGAGAAGUCGGAGGAAGAAAUUAAAAAAGCAGAAACACUAAAAGAAGAAAUAGUUUCUCAUUGGCACCCAAAUUUAACAAUUAAUAUAGUCACUGAUCACACUAAUUGGAUGCAAGGCAGUGUGCCUCCACCUCUAGAUGAGUUUAUUUAUUUCUUACCUGAUGGUAAGCAGUAUAAGCCUGCCGUAUUUGUUAAUGACUAUUGGAAUAUGAUGAGAGAUUACACGCCAUUGAAUAAUACAGUUACAAAUCUUCAAUUAAAAUUGACUUUUCAACCAUUAAGUCUUUUUAAAUGGCAACUUUAUACUACUCAGGCUAUGCGAGACAAGUUGAACAUGUUUUCAGCAUUAGGAGCAGAGGAACAGGACGAAGAACAAGAUACUAUAAAAGAGUUAUUGUUGGACACAUCACCAUAUCUAUUAGCUUUGACAAUAUCGGUGUCGAUUUUGCACUCUAUAUUUGAGUUGUUGGCUUUCAAAAAUGACAUACAGUUCUGGAACAAUAGGCAGUCCCUUGAAGGUCUCUCUGUAAGAUCAGUGUUUUUCAAUGUGUUCCAAUCAACCGUAGUCCUACUUUAUGUUUUAGACAAUGAGACAAAUGUCAUGGUGAGAAUAUCAUGUUUCAUUGGUCUUAUGAUUGAAAUAUGGAAAAUUAACAAAGUAAUGGAUGUUAAAAUAAAUAGAGAGGAAAGAAUAUUGGGUAUCCCAAAACUAACUUUUACUGAUAAAGGGUCCUAUGUGGAAUCAAGUACUAGACAGUAUGAUACUUUAGCGUUCCGCUAUCUUAGCUGGGCUUGUUUCCCUCUUCUCAUUGGAUACGGAGUCUACUCCUUGCUAUACCAAGAACACAAAGGAUGGUAUUCUUUCAUUCUUAACAUGAUGUAUGGAUAUUUAUUGACUUUUGGAUUUAUAAUGAUGACACCACAGCUGUUUAUUAAUUACAAGUUAAAGUCAGUGGCUCAUUUGCCAUGGCGCAUGAUGACAUACAAAUUCUUAAACACAUUUAUUGAUGAUAUCUUUGCAUUUGUUAUCAAAAUGCCUACUAUGUACCGUAUAGGAUGUUUUAGAGAUGAUAUUGUCUUCUUUAUAUUUUUAUAUCAACGUUGGAUAUAUAAGGUUGAUCAUAAGAGAGUGAAUGAAUUUGGUUUCUCUGGAGAAAUGGAACAGCAAAAACAAUCUGAAAAUGGCAAUCUUGCCAUCACCGAAGGAGAACAACCAACUGAUAAGAAAAAUGAUUAAAUAGUGAAAUUUUAGUUAGUGAAAUUGAUAUUUUGCAAUAUGUAAGGGAAAAAGGCUAAAAAUUUAGGCCAACUUGUGAUUGUACAACAUAUUUAAAAACCUGUCAAAGGAAUAUUGUACUAUAUUAAGCAUUUAAUGUCACUAUCUCACCAUUGAGUUUUAUCUUUAUGUAAUAUUAUUAUAUAAAAAAUAGUAAAACCAUACUUAUUAA